UUGGCCAAUACGAUCUGCAACUUCAGACAUCAGACUGCAAGCGGUCAGCCAGGUGAACGGCAGCCAACACACAGCCCCCUCGCAUAAAAAAAUUUACAAUCAAAAUCAAAGAGAACCAAUUUGGGAAGAAAAACUUUGAAGAUUUCUGUGGAUUAUUUUAGCAAACCCAAAAGCAAACCACAGAAAAAGUUAAGCAAGUGGUGUUAUAUCCCCCCCCAAAGUGAUCAGAGAAACCUUCAAGAUGAAAAGCGCCAAGCGCUGGCUGUUCAUGGCAGCAACAGUGCUGCUGCUGAGCCUGUUGGCCUGCUCAGAGGCUGCCCUGCCCUUCAAAAAGGUGUCCAUUGCCAAGACACCCGCCUCCACAAGCAGCACCAGCACCACCAGCACAACCACAGAGGACACACCCGUCCAGGAAGAGGAGAACACACCAGUGCCAGCCAGCGACAGCGACGUUGCCAAGGCGGAGAACAACACUCGCAGCUCCACAAAGAACUCCAAGCUGACGGGCAUUCCACAGAUUGAUUACAUUUGGGAUCCCAAUUUGCCAAGAGAAUUGAAUGGCUACAAUCUCUCAACGUAUCCCUUCCUGUCGACUGUGCCCCCCAUGGAUGAGAUUCACUUCAAGUGCGAGGGCCUGCACGAUGGUUUCUAUGCCUCCAUCGAGUACAAGUGCCAGAUCUAUCAUCAUUGCGUCUAUGGCAUACGACACGAUUUUCUGUGCGCCAACUUCACGGCCUUUGAUCAGCGGACUUUCAUUUGCCACUUUGCCUCCGAUGUGGACUGCGAGGGAUCACAAAAGUAUUGGAAUAGAAACGAUGCUCUGUACAUGGCCACCACUACCACAUCCACGACUACGACAACCAUUGCCCCACCGCCCACGCAGCCAGCAGCACCGCGUCGAAGACUUCAAAGACCACAGCGACCGCUGAGGCGGCCGUACAACCGUAGACCCAUCGAUGACUACUACUACGAUGAGGAGGAUCAGUACGAGGAUGAGUAUUACGAGCGACCAACGCGCAGGCACAAGACCAGGCCGCGUCAUCGCAAGCCACAGCUGGACUCGGACUACGAGGAGGAGUACGAGGCGGAGAAGCCCACGAGACGCAACAGAAACCGCUACAGGGAUGAGGAAGAGUCGCUGGACGAGGACUAUGAGGAGCGGCCAGCAGUGCGCAGGGGAAAACCCACGCCGGGAGCCGCUGGCAGAAAGAAUUCGCCGCCACGCAAGCCUGGACGAGCGGAGGAGCGACGCAGCUUCAAUGAGGAUCGACCGCUGGCCAGGCGACGCAGCAAUGAGAAGCGCACAACGCCCUCCUACGCCAACGAAGAUCUGGAUGAGUACGAGAAGCCCUAUGGGGGCACAGACCAGGAGGAGGCUGCCGAGGAGCAGACCCCGCAGAAGGUGAAGACCACACCAAAGCCCCUCACGGAAUUUAUCACGCCCAAGGCGGCUGCCGCUUCGGUCUACGCCAGGCCCAGGGCUCCACCGAAGAUUGCACGACCCGUGCCCAUAACCGAGAAGAAAAAGUAUUCCUAUCCGGUGCAGAAGAACACGGCCACCGUCCAGCCACCGUUUGGGCGUGGGCAGGACGAGGAGGAUUACUCCCAGGAGCAGCCACUCGAGGAUGACUACGAGCAGCCACCGCCACCACCACCACCGCCAGCCAGGAACGAUCCCAGACGACGCACAUUGCCCGCGUCCAGGGCCGAGCAGCUGAAGCCCACUCGGGGCACACUGCGGAAGCCGGUAACUGACAAGAAGCCUCUGGAAGAGGACUACGAGGAGCCGGAGCCACCGCGCAAGCGUAAGCGUCCGCUGGCACCCCGUUCCCGUGCACCAGCGCCCGAUGUGGACUUUGAGGACGAGGAUUACGGGGAGAGCCCUGCCCCUGCGCCAGUGGCAACAGCCGCGCCGGCACGUGGCAACCUGAGGAGUCGCUCGAAGGCGGCAACGACCACCAGGAAGCCCAUAGCGCCCCGCCCUCGCCAGCCCAUCGUGGAGGAGGAGGACGACACGGCAGAGCCCAUCAUCAGCGGAGAGGAGGAGACGCCAUCAGCCGCAGCCGCGAUUGCGCCACGAACGAGAGCGAAUUCGCUGAGCGGAAGGACGGCACCGGGGAAGAGCGCGCAGCGUCCAUCAUCGGUACGUGUGGUCAAGCGACCCUUCCUGCCCUCACGGGGCGGCAGCCCCUAUCUGCCGCGUGGUCUUCAGCCAGUGGGCGUGGCCCUGAGGCCAGUGCCAGCCGUGACCACAGACAGCACGCCCAUCGACAUGGGUUCGACCAUCUCGGGGGUGCGUCUGCUGGAGCACGGGGCACCGCUGCUGCGAGGACGGCCGGAUAGCAGCGAGGACGAGGCGGUGGAGCAAGAGGAGGAGGAGGACGUUGAGGCGUUCGCGCCUCCGUCUCCAAGUCCGCCGCGCACCACGCUGCCGCCUCGCAGCGCACUGCCGGCCACGCCCAAGCAGCAGCAGCAGCAGCCGCCGCCACCGAAACUGAAUCUCGACGAGCUCUACGAGAACGACUACGAUGUGACGCUGAACGAUGCGCUCGAUCCGACGCUCAAGCCGCUCUCGCCAGUGCCACAGCAUCAGCUGCAGCUUCAGAAUUCGCAUCCGCUUCCAUAUCAAUCGCAGCAGCAGCAGCAGCAGCAGGGGGGUCGUCCCUAUGCCAGUGCCUAUGCAGCGCCUGCCUCAUCCGCCUACAAUCCAUUUGCCUAUCAGCAACAGUAUCAUCCGCAGCAAUCAUCAUCAACAUCAACCGCUUCAGCUUCAGCAUCAGCAUCGCAAUCCCAACCGCAAUCGCAAUCCCAGCAGCCAGCGAGCUACCAUAGUGAUUCCUAUUUCUCAUCGACAGAUAUACGCAGGCGGGCCAUUGUCCCGUCGCAAGCCGCGCGUUCACAUCGACACGAAUACGCUGCUCCCCGAGGAUCAGCCAUUGGAGGAGGAUCAGCCGGAGCUGGUGGCGUGAGUCAUCAUCAACCACAAAUGAAUGGACGAAUUUCCCAGCAUUUCUACGAUGAUUUUGCCUAUUAAAAACACGAGAAGUUUCUGUGUGUAAUAAGUUCUUCAGCUGUAAAUAAGUUUCCCCGGAGAGCAAUCGAAGAGGAGUGAAAGUACUUUAGUCCCCCCGCACAUAAGGUUAAGAGAAGAACUUAACUACUUACUUCUAAUAUGUAAUAUGUAAAGCCCAUGCCCCUACAUUGUAUAAUACUCAAUUGUCGUGAUAGUAGCCGGGACAUUGUGCAUUUGUCUGUCCAACACCAACACCACAACCAACCAACACCCAGCAAAAAGAUGAACAAUGGACAAUGCCCAGCAGGCAGACCAGCAAUACCCGUGGCCAAAUGUCCUUAAAGUACAUUUAGUGAGAGACGAACAAAAAAUAGAAAAGAGAAAUUUACUUAAUAUUCCUAAUUUAAAAUUCUGUAAUAUGUGUGUAAGUUCAGUGUCCAGAAAGAAGACUUAAGUCCGAGUGCUUAACUAAACUAAAUAAUAAUAAAAUAGAAGAAAACACAAAUGGAAAA